AUGACCGACUGUCUUGGUAGCGAUGUUCAUCUCACGUCCAUGCACACUGACAUCACUGCCGAAGACUUUGCUGCACUCUUUUUCGAGAAGUGGUACUGUGAGAAUGGUCUCCCCUUAGACAUUGUGUCCGACUGCGACCACCUCUUCAUCAGCCAGUUCUGGAAAGCCCUCCAUAAGCUCUCUGGAAUCAAGCUUCGCAUGUCCACCUCUUACCACCCCGAGACUGAUGGUUCCAAAAAUGAUGGGCAAUUCAACAAUGGCAAGUUUUUCAAUGCAAUCAUUGAACUGUUGUCUGAUAAAGAGGACAAGAACACUCAGGAGACUCUGACAUGGUGGAAUGAGCAAGUAUUUGGGAAGAAAGAGGCAACAUCAACAGUCACUGAGCCUGCUGCAACUAGCGUCACCCAAAUCAAAGCUCAAUGUGCAGCAUGGCAUGCAGCAAAUGCUGCAAACCCUGUUUCCGGUCGUUCAAUGUCUACUACUGCUGUAUCGAUGCUUAAUAGGCCUGCAUCACAUCCUCCUGAACUACUGCAACACCGCAAUUCUCUGUCCCAAUCUCCCACACCAUCUACUCGUACUGCACUCUCUCAGCCCUGGGUGAAAGCGUACUAG